AUGGCCGUGGAGGAGGCGAGCAGCAGCGGCUGCGGCGGCGGUGGGGAGGAGGGGUGCGGGGCGUGGACCCGCGAGCAGGAGAAGGCGUUCGAGAACGCGGUGGCGACGACGAUGGGCGGGGAGGAGGACGGGGACGCGAGGUGGGAGAAGCUAGCGGAGGCCGUCGAGGGGAAGACGCCGGAGGAGGUCAGGCGGCACUACGAGCUGCUGGUGGAGGACGUCGACGGCAUCGAGUCGGGCCGCGUGCCGCUUCCGACGUACGCGGCUGACGGCGCCGCCGAGGAAGGGGGUGGCGGUGGCGGCGGGAAGAAGGGAGGUGGGGGAGGAGGGACCCACGGGGACAAGGGGUCGGCGAAGGCGGCCGAGCAGGAGCGCAGGAAGGGCAUCGCCUGGACAGAGGACGAGCACAGAUUGUUUCUCCUUGGACUUGAAAAGUAUGGAAAAGGUGACUGGCGGAGCAUCUCACGGAACUUUGUGAUCUCAAGGACACCAACUCAAGUAGCUAGUCAUGCACAGAAGUACUUUAUCCGUCUGAACUCAAUGAACAGAGAGAGGCGGCGAUCAAGUAUACAUGACAUCACCAGUGUGAACAAUGGAGAUGCAUCAACUGCACAGGGUCCAAUCACAGGUCAAACAAAUGGUCAGGCUGCAAAUCCUGGGAAACCAUCCAAGCAAUCCCCACAGCCAGCGAAUACACCCCCAGGCGUUGAUGCUUAUGGCACAACAAUUGGACAGCCAGUUGGUGGCCCCCUUGUCUCAGCUGUUGGAACUCCCGUUACACUACCUGUUUCUGCUCCACCUCAUCUGGCCUAUAGCAUGCAUGCCCCGGUUCCAGGAGCCGUAGUGCCUGGUGCUCCCGUGAACAUUGCUCCGAUGCCCUAUCCAAUGCCACCCCCAUCAUCUCAUGGGUGA